AUGGCGACCUUCGAUCACGCCCACGUCUACCUCGACAACGUCUGCUCCACCUCGGCCGCCGCUCUCCACUACAACAUGUCCAACAUGUCGAUCGCCAACGUCGCGCCUUCAUCCGUUGCGUCGGACCGCACCGUCCAACGCCAUGUUGGCGCUCUUUGCGAUGACGUGCCUACGGACUACGACUCUGCGGCUUCAACGUCUGCAUCUUGCUCCAUGUCCACCGCCUCUUCUCGCAAUGUCGCCCCUUCGCAACCUUCGCAUCACCACGAUCGGAAUCCUGGCGCUUCCGUUCGGCCUGCUGCUUCGGGCUCUGCUCCGUCUCAUCGCCCACCGUCGAAAUCACAUUCGACGUCCUCGGUCGAUUCGUUGGCUUCCAUCAUCUCCAACGGUCCUUCAACGCCGACUUGCGACGUCGACAAUGUGUGCUUUGACAUGGAACCGAUUGCCAAAUCCAAUCGGGGCGCUGCCGAUUCAUACAAUGCGCAAAAACAACUGCCGCAUCGUCCUUCGCAACCGCCGCAACCAUCCGUUCCUCAACCGACGGCUCCUUCGCACGCAAACGCGAAUGCUGCUGUCGCCCCCGCCCCCGCCGGCGCUCCGCAACCCGCCUCGCGAAACGACAAAUACAAAAACGCCAUCAGCUUCCGCGUCGGCAGCAAGUACAAGGUCUGCGAGAUCAUCGGCGAAGGCGCCUACGGUGUCGUCUGCAGCGCCAUCCACCGCGCCACGGGUCAGAAGGUGGCCAUCAAGAAGAUCCAGCCAUUCGAGCACCAAAUGUUUGCGCUGCGAACGCUGCGUGAGCUCAAGCUGCUGCGCUUCUUUCAGGAGUGCGAUGUCUCGGAGAACAUCAUCAGCAUCCUCGACAUCAUCAAGCCCAGCACCUACGAGGCCUUCACCGAGGUGUACCUCGUCCAGGAGCUCAUGGAGACUGACCUUCAUCGCGUUAUCCGUACCCAAGAGCUCUCGGACGACCACUGCCAGUACUUCACCUACCAGACUCUGCGUGCGCUCAAGCCCAUGCACUGCGCCGACGUCAUUCAUCGCGACCUCAAGCCGAGCAACAUCCUGCUCAAUGCCAACUGCGACCUCAAAGACACGGGCUUCAUGACCGAGUACGUCGCUACCAGGUGGUAUCGCGCGCCCGAGAUCAUGCUCACCUUCAAGCAGUACACCAAGGCGAUCGAUGUGUGGGCCGUCGGAUGCAUCCUGGCCGAGAUGCUCACCGGCCGCCCGCUCUUCCCUGGCCGCGACUAUCAUCAGCAGCUCUCGCUGAUCCUCGAUGUUCUCGGCACGCCGACGCUCGAGGAGUUCCACAACAUCAACAGCCGUCGCUCGCGUGACUACAUUCGCUCCAUGCCCUUGCGCAAGCGAAGAGACUUCCGCACCUUGUUCCCCAAGGCUUCGCCCGAGGCGAUCGACUUUCUGCAGAAGACGCUCACCUUCGACCCGCGCAACCGCCUCACGGUCGAGGAGUGCUUGCAGCACCCUUACCUUUCCGCCUACCACGACCCCGACGAUGAGCCCGGCGCACCUCGUCUCGACCCCGACUUCUUCUACUUUGACAUGCAGAAGGAGAGCAUCACCAAGGAGGACCUGCGCAAGGAGCUGUGGUACCAAGUGCAGGAGUUCCAGCCUCUUCUUCGUUGA